AUGGACGCGGGCAUCAUUCGCAACUUCAAGCUCAAGUACAAGACCCAAUUCGUGCAGUGGCUACCGGACAUGGUGACGGCGGGGACGGACGACAAGAAGCUCGACGUUCUUAGCGCAAUCCGUAUGGUGGUAAAGCUGUGGGCUGAGGUGCGCCCUGAAACGAUUCGACACUGUUAG